UGUAAAACAAACGGUGGUGGUCAUCACCUUGUGACCUGUCAAACCCAAGGCACUCAUAGAGUAAAAUCUCUUAAUUUUAUGAGUAUUUAGUAAUUCUUAGAACUAGUAGGGUUUCAUCAGAAUCCUGAUUUUUCCCAAGCAAUUAAUUAGAGCUUUUCCUACUAUUUUUGUAUUCCCUUGGUGACCGCAUUUCCCAGCCAGUACAGGGCCUGACUGUGACGAGCUCCAACCACCACUAAAAGCAAAGUCUCUGUCCCAAAGAAUUUGCAAUCUACUUUGCCUAGAAGCUGCUUUUAUCUGCUCUUCUGAUGACCAGAAAGGCUGAGCAAUCUGUCUAGUAUCACAGCAAAACUCUGUGGCAGAGAGAGACGAUGAACGACUGGGCGCCCAUCGCAAAGGAGUAUGACCCACUCAAAGCCGGGAGCAUUGAUGGAACAGAUGAGGAGCCCCACGACCGUGCCAUAUGGAGGGCUAUGCUGGCACGCUAUGUACCCAACAAGGGAGUUACAGGAGACCCUCACCUCACCCUGUUUGUAGCAAGGCUCAAUCUUCAGACAACAGAAGAGAAGUUAAAGGAGGUGUUUUCCCGCUAUGGAGACGUCAGAAAGCUCCGUCUGGUUCGAGACCUGGUCACGGGGUUUUCCAAAGGAUAUGCAUUUAUUGAGUACAAAGAGGAGCGAGCCCUCAUGAAGGCCCACAGAGACGCCAACAGGCUGGUUAUCGAUCAGCAUGAGAUCUUUGUGGACUUUGAACUGGAAAGAACUCUCAAAGGAUGGAUUCCUCGGAGGCUUGGAGGUGGUUUUGGAGGCAAGAAAGAAUCUGGGCAGCUCCGGUUCGGAGGACGGGACAGACCUUUCCGAAAGCCCAUCAAUUUGCCAAACAUGAAAAGUGAUUUCUAUGGAGAAGGAUCAGCAGAGAAAAGAAAUUGGUCUCGUGAGGGAUCAAGGGACUGGAGAACAAGGGACCGAGACCAUGACAGGAGCAGAGACAAGCGGUGGCCAGAAAGGGAGCGGUCGUGGACCUGGGGUGAAAGCGAGAGGGACUCCAAAGAGGAGAGGAACAGAGGGAGGGAGAGGAAGGACAGAGACAGGAAGGACAGGGAUAGAGACCGGAGCAGGGAAAGAGAUUCCAAGAAGCAAAGAGAUGAUGACAAGCACCGGUAGGUGACAGUGCCUUGGCACUGGGCUGUGUUACCUGCUCUUACAUCCACAGGGUUCCAGCUGCAGGGGCUGUGAGUGGUGUUCCCAGACUCCCCUGCUAGAAGCUCUCUAUAGUUUGGCUGCUGAUGCAGUUAAGGUAUGUGUUGAAUUGUUCUUCAGAGGAAAUAAACUUUUAUAGUCAUA